GAGAAAAUAGUUUUGAAGGGUUAAAAAAAUUAUAAUUUAGUAAAAGGGAAAAAUAAAAUAAAAUCUAUCCCUGAUAAACGGUUAUAAAAAAUCAGAGCGAUUUCAAAACAGAGCUUUUCUCAAGAAUGAAGAAUGAAUAUAAAUUCAGUUUUGGGGAUUUCUCUUCUGCUAUAAUUUUCUUUUUCUUGAAUUCUCAUUGAUCAUCAACUCUUUUCUCCCUAGUUAAAAGGUUAGAAAAUUUUCAGAGAGAUUUGAAAACAGAGCUCAAGAAGCCAUUUCAAAACAGAGCUCUUCUCAACUAGUAUUCAAGAAUUGAUAUAAUUUCAGUUUUGAGCAAUUCUCCUUUUCACCCAUUUUUCUUUUUCUUGGAUUCUCAUUGAUCACCAACUCCAUCUUUGGUCAAACAUGGCUAUUAGGAUGGGACAGAAUUUGCCUCAAUCCAAUCAUGUCCCUUCUGAUACUUACUUCUACUGUUGUGGUUGCGGAGCUCAUGUCGUAAUCAUCUCUUACAUUCCGGCUACACGGGUUAUUUCUCAAAUGUAUCUAUGCAGGUUUGGGGUUAUAGAAGCAGUGAACGAGCCACAACAUAGAGUAAUACAUGGCAUGAACUUGACCGUAGCCGAGAGUUUCUGUUUCCAAUGUAGAAACCUGCUAGGGUGGAAAAUUCUUGCCGUCCUCCAACCGUCUACUGUUUAUAGAGUAGGAGGAUCCAUCUUGAGGAUGAACGCGGUUGUUAGCUGGAACAAUGAAACAUUGUUUGAUUUUCUCUAUGGAGGCAAUAAUGAACAGGCUCCUAAUGAUCAAGACGGAGGUGCAGUAGAAGAACAAGUUGGAAACGCUAAUGAACAAAAUGCUGAUCUGGGUGGAAAUGGAGGCGUUAAUGAACAAGUUCCUAAUGAAGCUGUAGAUAUCAUUGAGGGACUGGGCAAUAUUGAUCUAAAUGCAAACAUUUGAAUCUCAACUAUUGAUGAAAAUGCAGAUAUCCAUAGCCCACUCAUGCUGCACCUUAUUACAAUAGAGUUCAUAUUGUACGAGUAUUAAUUCAUUCAUAACUGUGUGAUUUCUGUUUUUGGUUUUUCGAUUUUCAUUACAUAUUGAUUUUGGAGAAAAGCAACUGACAUUUGACAUGCUUGAGCUCGAGUUUCCCUUCUC